UAAGUCACAUUAUCUGCCUCAAGUGGUAUGACCGAUAUCGUGUUCCUACGAUGCUUUGUAUGCUGAUCAUUGAUUGUUGGUAUACAACAUUCAGUAGUCCCGAGAACAAAUGAAAAUGAACACGUGUGUUUUGUUGCAAGCUUUUGUCUUUUUGUUCUACGUCAAUAAUGUUACAUCGGUGCGGUUAGAUUUAAGUGCUGCUCAUUGGAAAUUGACCAACAAGAAUGGAUCGAUUGCAGUCCGCGGCUCUGUGCCGGGUGGGGUAUAUACCGAUCUCAACAAAGCGGGUAUCAUUGGAGAUGUCUUGUAUGGCUUCAAUGACGUGCUCAGCAGAUGGGUGGCAUACGAUACAUGGACGUAUACUGGGAAGUUUAACGUCAGCGCAGCAGACUUGAGCACGGAGGCAGUUAACUUGGUGUUCGAUGGUAUUGAUACAGUGGCGUUCGUGGAAAUAAACAAUACCCCAGUUGGUAGCACGAGCAGUAUGUUCGUGAGAUACGUGUUUAAUGUCAAGGAACAAAUGCAGAUAGGCGAAAAUGUUUUGAAAAUUACUUUUGUGUCGCCAAUUGAAGCUGCAAAUAUCAGAUCGCAGAAACAUUUCGCAGCACCAGCCUGUGUCCCUGAUGUAUAUAAUGGAGAAUGUCACGUUAAUCAGCUGAGGAAGAUGCAGGCUUCGUUUUCUUGGGACUGGGGACCUGCUCUACCGUCCGUUGGAAUUUGGAAACCAGCGUAUAUCGAGUUUUAUAACAGUUUAAUCUUACGAACGGUUACUACACACAUAAAAAAGGUUGACAGCCACUGGCAGUUGAGAUUGUUGGCAUAUUUGGAAUCUACCAAGAGUAAUGAGAUUCUCCAAGCGUAUUUUAGUGCGUCUCUACAAGUCGAAGGAGGGCAAACCUUAGUGUUUGGUGGAGACGUUGAUAUUAAUACGAAAGAAGACAAAACAGCUGAAGUUGAGCUUAAUAUUACAAUAAGUGAGAACGUAGUCCGGAUGUGGUGGCCAAACGGUUAUGGUGAUCAACCUCUGUACGAGUUGAACGUGUAUCUCUCAAACUCUCAUGACGUGGAAAUUUCACACAAAAAGCUACUAAUCGGCUUUAGGACAAUUGAGUUGAUUGAAGAAGAUGCUUCAAUAAAACUAGGAAAUUCCACGUCAGCAAAGGGAUUGACAUUCUAUUUUAAAGUAAACGGAUAUCCGUUAUUCAUGAAAGGAUCGAACUGGAUUCCAGCCAACAUAUUACCGGAAUUGGGCUCCGAUGAACGAAUAAUUGAUAGUUUGCUGACUUCUGCUCGAGAUAUCCACACGGCGAUGCUACGCGUGUGGGGCGGAGGGAUCUAUGAAUCGGACUAUUUCUAUACAAGAUGUGACCAGCUCGGUAUAUUGGUGUGGCAAGAUUUCAUGUUUGCUUGCGCCAUGUACCCUGUCGAUGCGGAAUUUUUAAGUAAUGUGAAAACGGAAAUAGAACAAACAGUUACAAAUCUUCAGCACCAUCCUUCCAUUGCGUUAUGGUCCGGGAAUAACGAGAACGAAGCUGCUCUGCGAGGAAACUGGUACUCGAAGCCCUCAGAAUUUAAUAAAUACAAACAGGACUAUAUAAAGUUAUACGUUGACACGAUUAAACCGAUUGUCGAGGCUUUGGAUCCCAAUAGGCGAUAUCUGAUUUCGAGUCCCACGAACGGCUUAGAAUCUGAGAAAGAAGGUUAUAUAGCGACAAACCCGUAUGAUCCCCAUUACGGUGACACACACUACUAUAACUACAUCAUCGAUAAUUGGGAUUACAAUGUGUAUCCGGCUACAAGAUUUGCUUCAGAAUAUGGUUUUCAAUCGAUGCCGUCAUUGGCUGUUUUGAAGACUGCCACGAAAGACCACAAAGACCUCAGUCUGGACAGUGAAUUCUUGAAACACAGGCAGCACCAUCCGAACGGUUAUGUGUAUAUUGAGCAGCAAAUGGACAAGCGCUUGAUGUUGGAAAAAAACGAUACAAAGUAUUUUGAAAAGUUCUUGUUUUAUAGUCAGAUUUCGCAAGCGAUGUCAUUGAAAGUUCAGACAGAAUAUUAUCGACAAAGCCAGGCUGAUUGGUACACGAUGGGCGCGUUGUAUUGGCAACUCAAUGAUGUAUGGCAGGCACCGUCUUGGUCUGGCAUUGAGCACGGCGGUCGAUGGAAAAUGCUGCAUUACUUCGCAAAUACGUUUUUCGCGCCUGUUUUAGUAUCCCCUCGUCUUUUGUUAUCAGGGGAUGUUGAUGUUUAUCUUUUAAACGACAGAUUCGUACCGAUUUUCGACUCAAAAAUUACAGUGGAGUUCUUCAAUUGGUCUAGUUUGGUACCUAUCAAAACCGAGUCUUACGAUGCAGCAGCGGAAGCUCUGAGUUCCAAGAAGCAAAACAUUGAGAUCGAUCUUUGGGACGAACCUAAUCUUGAUGAAAUAUUCUUGAGGUUUUCCUUGAAGUCGGAUGGCGUAGCCUCAAGCCCAUAUAAUUACAUCUUUCCAAAGCCACUGAAAUCGGUCAAAGGUUUAAAUGUUCCUCGAAUUCAGAUACAUGUGACAAAGGUUAAACAAAGAAGAGUCGAUAAUCUAACAGAGUACAACGUGGAUAUAAGGGUUGAUACGGUGGUAUUGUUUCUCUGGUUAGAAGCGGCUUCAGUAGACGGCCAUUUUGAAGACAACGGUUUUAUAUUAGCGCAGCCUUAUAUCCGUGUCAAGUAUACAAGUAAAUCGAAUAUGAAACCGCAGAAAUUAGAAAAGUCGAUCACUUUUCAAUAUUACGUGAAUUGACAAAAUGAAUCUUAUAAAAGUUAAUUAAAUGUUUUGCGUAAAGAAAA